CAGAAGACGGUCUGAUAGAUGAACUCCAAAUCCUUCCUAAGAAAUAUCCAGAACUUGACCUAGAAGAUUGGAGGACAUUUGUUAGCCACCGUUUAUCUCCUGAGUUUAUGGCUUUGCGGGAAGCACAACGUGAAAGAGCUCUCAAAUAUACUUCGAGGCAUCGUACAUCUCGUAGAGGGCUUGCCAAUGUUAGAGAGGACCUGAAAACUGAACUAGGUGUGGCAGAUGUAGAACGGUACCAAGUAUGGAUAAGAGCACGAGAAAAGAGGAAGGUUCUUGUCACAGAUUUGGACAAACAAAUUGAAGCAAGAAUUAAUGAGCUGAAAGAAAAAGUUAGUAGUGGAGAAAUCAUUGCAAAGGGUCGGAAUGACAUAUUAACGCAAGCUUUAGGGACACCUAAGCACCCAGGGCGUGUAAGAGCACUUGGAUGGACCCACGGAAGAGUGGUGGAAGAGGCUCAAGCCGGGAUCUAUCCAAUCCUGGUUCGGACUACAAUCGACGUUCCACAAGCAGUUUGUGGUCACCAUGAGGAUGGACAUGCAGAUCAGCACUCUCGCCAACAUUAA